GUGUACAUACUAUGUCUCUAUUUUGCAAUUUUUAAUAUUUCCGUUUUUGCGUUUCUAACUUACAUCAUGAGAUCUUUAGAAACACUUAUACUCGUCUAUUGCUUUAGACGUAUGUUAUAAAAUUUCCUCUACGGAAUGGUGAUAUUUUUUGCUAGAACCAUACGAAAAUGUCUGUGUCAGGAGAACAGGAUGAUUAUAUAUUUAGGCCUCAGCAACAUUUAGAUCCGAAAUGGCUUAAUCCUGACUUACAAGAGGCUCUGCAUUCCGCGGACUCUCUUUCGACGUUGUUCAACAGUAUUAUACAAGACCGGGAGAUUUACUUUGAUGCCGGGAAUGGUCUUGUUAAUAGUGCUGGAAUAACUGCAAAAUUGGGAGAUAGUGGAAAGUACUAUUGUGGUUUGAGGAUUCUUACUUGUACCUGCUGUGAUGGACUUUGUGGCCCCCAUUCUGGUUGUGCUUGUCAACCAUGCACUACUCUAUCGGCUGAGGAGGAACUUCGGGUUUCAAUACAAUCUAAAAAUGUUGCACCACCUUCUUCUGUUCAAGUUAUAGAUGAAAUAAAAUGGAAACAAGAACCAGGACCAGAAUGCUUGCGUAAUCUGAAGGAAUCUCUUUUGUGGGAACAGCGUGUAAGAUCCAUAAACACAGCAUCAACAUGCCCAUACAUUUCAAACAUUCGUCGCCUCAUUGUUAUUUGCAACAGACACCUUGUAGCUGUUAUAAGAGAUCAGAGCCACCAGAAGGAGCCAAAAAAGAUAAAAUUAGACAAGAAAGCACAUGGAGCAAGUAAUAGAGCUCUGAGUAAUGUUGUAACAUCACUUAAUAAACCUAUUGGACUUGGGGCAGAUACUCAAGAGGAGAGUGACGAAAAUGUUGAUGAAUCUGAAAGUGCUCUAGCUCGGGUGGGCGCCCGCGCUGCUUUGCGUCUAGCCUUAUCUUUGGUGCGUCGUGCGUGGCGCUGUGGUGAAGACGCAGACGUGUGUACGCUGUUACUACGCGACGCCUUGGAAGCGGUGCGAGCGCUACCAGAUGCAGGCCUGUAUGCCGGCUGCGGUCAGUCACCCACAUCGCUGCAACCACCACGAUCACAGAAAAUAUGGGCUGAAGUUGUGGACAGUGCUGCUAAAUUCUUACAUCAAGUUGUUGUUGGUGAAGUUGGUUGCAAUGUGCCUCAAGGCGACUGGAGAACAUCGCUGUGUGUUUGGGUUGAGCUGUGCGCUAGAAGAGCUGAGCUACCGGCCUUGCUCAAGGCUGCUGAUGUUCUGGUUUCUCUACCGCAGAAGCAAAAGCGACAGGCAGAUAAUAGGAUAGUGUUGGAAGAUUGCACUGCACCAAUGGGACCAUUUCUCCGGCGUCUAGCGAAACUGUCACCUCCGAGCUCCAUCAUCAACUCAGAACCGUUGACAGAGGAUAAUCACACAGCAAUGUAUCUGAAAGAGCUAGAGAUACCUCCUGGCGAUGGCCUUAUGAGCGUCAGAAAGGCUGGUAUUGCAUUACUGUGCCAUUUGGAUAGACUUGGUGCACCAUUACUGCCACCGUUAAAAGGAUUUGUUACGUGCACAGAAUCGGCACAAGAAGUUGUUUCGAUAGGUGUCGGUCCUAUCGAAUUGGGAAGCUUGAGAGUUCAACAGAUUGCUUGUGCUGAGAAAUUGGCAUUGCUGCUCACUCAAGAUGGAGCUAUUUAUACGCUGCCUUAUGAUACUUUAACUCCCCAUUUAGUGCCAGGAUUGGAAGGUAAAGUGAUAAGUCAAGUAGCCUGCCAUCCGCUGGGUCGCCACUAUCUAUGUCGUUCAAGUUGUGGUGGAGUUUGGUCCUGGGGUUCCGGCGAAGACGGCAGGCUCGGACAUGGAGACACUGCGUCCAGGGACGCUCCGCAGGCCGUACACCAUCUGGCUCAUCACGAGGCCAUCAGAAUAGCCGCCGGCAUCGCUUGCAGCGCAGUGAUCACAACACGUGGUGCCCUGUACACAUGGGGGAGGAGUGUGCAGGGUCGCCUGGGACACGGAACCAUAGAGAACUGUCUCACACCACAACCGGUCUCCUUCAACGCGCAUAACAUUGAACGUAUUAUCGAUGUUGCUCUAGGUUGGGGCGAGGGUCAGACACUGUGCUGCACGUGGGAGGGCGCGGUGCAAGUGUUCGGCGACAGCGAGGGCGGGGCCACAGCGGCGCGCACGCUGACCGCACUCGCCAUGUUGCGGGUGAUGCGCGUGUACACCGGCGACGGCUGGCACGCCGCGCUCACUGACCGCGGUCAAGUUUACACUUGGGGCAAAGGAGAAGGAUAUAGAUUGGGCCAUGGAAGUUACGAACCAUUAAAAAUCCCCAAGCUAGUCGAAGGCGGUCUUCAAGGUGUGAAGGUUAUCGAUUUAUCAUUGGGAGUGUCCCAUGCGAUUGCAGUGUCGUCAGAGGGCGUGUUGUACGCUUGGGGCACGCACGAACGGGCACAAAUAUCAAACCCAACGCCUCAACCGAUACAAGUCUUCAAUCCUUCCUUUAAAGCUAAUGGUGUAUCAAACGGACCAAAUCAGAUAUUUGCUUGGAGCGAAGAAAAUCCACGUGAUCUACCACCAUCGUUGCCUUAUGUUAUAGAUUUGUCAGAAAAUACGUUCAAGCUCUUAGAACGUCUGUUGACAAGUGCAGUUGAACAAAGCAGCGCGGCUAAUAUAAAGGAGAACGAAUGUCUUGCAAUCUCGUGUUUGAAUCUACUACGAUUACAAGUACACGCGUGGCAGUACGCACACAGCGGCGACGUGCACGUGCCGCCGGGCUCAGGGGCGGGGCGGGCGUGGUGCGCGGGCGUGCACGCCGCGCUGGUGUCGCUGGCGGAGGGGCGCGCGGGCGCGGGCGCGGCGGCGGCGGCGAGGCGCGCGCUCGCAGCGGCCUGGCCCGUCCUCCUGCCCACGCCGCACGUGCGGGCGCAUCAUCUCAUCUCGUUACUACCUCAAGGUUCAGUGGCGGCAAGUGCAGGAGCCCGAUUCAUGACGGAGCUGUUGGUGUGGUCGCUAUUAGGUGGAGGGGGGCUUCGAGAUGCACUCCGCAACGCGCUGCAAGCAGACACGACCGAUGCGUACACGCACCUGCAGCUUGAUGAUGAAUUUGAUCAGAUCGACAUAGUUACUGGGCAGCGUACUCGCACUUCCACGAUGUCGGAUGACCCGGAGACUAUACAAGCGGAAUAUAUCGUGGACUAUCAGGUCAACAAUGGGAACUCAUCUGAUGCCAGUGCGUCUGUGCCUUUGAUGCACUUAGUGAAGCAUUUAAUUAAGAACACGACUUGCCAAACGCAGAUGCACAUGCAAUCUAUAAUGAAUGGAGAUACGAGUAAAGCCGACGAUCUCAAAGGCCACAACACUGUUAGUCCAAGCUGUGAUCUACUGAUUCGAUUUCAAAGACUAUUGUUUUGCGAAGCGAUGUGCGUGCGAGGCGGCCGAACUACACGCGGCGGUGUACGCAAUCUGCUCACUCAGUAUACGGACCUGUUGUCGGACCACGUGCAGUGCAUUCUUACAUGCUUCGUACGGGCGGUGCACAGAGCCGACAAUACUCAACUGACUGGCUUGUGCGAUCUCAUUAGUGCCGAUAUUGUUGGACGCGUAGUGAGUGAGCUGGGUGUAUGGGUGUGCGCAUGCGCAGCUCGUUCCGCGGUCGUUCUCGCCGACUGUACGGAUUCGCUGAUCAAAAUCGUCAGGUCGUGCGACGAAGCGGCUAAAUGUUUACCGUGCUCGGACAAACUCGACGCGGACCUGUUGGGCUGGCCUGGCCUGAUACCAAAACCCAAUCAGUCUAAUAACUUCAUAGUGAGAAAGUGCGAUAUGUACAAUCAUACAAAGGACGGCGGCUCGUGGAUAAUAAUAUCGGGGUACGUGUACGACGUGGCCGGGUUUGAAUGUGAGGACACGAGCACGGUAGAACUUGUACGCGAGCUACGGGGCCGCGACGCGACUGCUGCCUUCAGCGAAGAGCCGCAUGCCAAGUACCUGUCGCGUGUCACCGAGAAGUGCGUCGGCUUCUAUUGCUCGCAGCUCUACACACACAAAUGUCAGGAGAAUGUGUCAAGUCUGCGUAGUCACCACGUGCUAUCAUCGUGCGCGUUCAACCUGACGCUAGGGUUGUCUCAGUGCGGCUUGUGGCUGGCUCGCUCACUGCCGGAGCAGAGCGUGGAACGAGAUGCUAAGAAGUAUCUCACAGCACUAUUCCUGAGAGCUGGACUACAGACGUCACAACAGGCUAAUCCGUUCGAAGAGGAGAAAGCGGAAGCUCGGAGUGGGUCGUCCACAGGCGGGAACACGCCAGCGAGCGACGCGCCGCACGUGCCCAAUAUGGCCGCCAACGUGUACACGAGCGGGCAGGCGUCACACGCGGCGGCCGCGCCGGCGCCAGUGUUGCCACGAGUGCGGCUCGACGUGUCCAUCUCCAACGCAAGGCCCGACGCCUUGUUGCACGCACUUGCCGAACCUAAAUUACAUGACCCGCUAGCACUGCAUCUGUGGUGGGCGUGUGAGCGGCGAGAGGGCUGCGCCCCCCAUUUUCCGCCGGAGCACCCACUGGAGGAGCUCCGACGAGCAAUGCUGGCCGCUCUACUGUAUCACACUGGACUUAAAGAGCACGCAUUGGCCACAGCGAUUACUGAAAUGGAAAAAGGUGAAGUGAAACUGUCGCCCGCCAUGUCAGAGAUCGUCAAAGCUGUACAGCAAAGCAAAUGGACGUUGAUGAGAACCAGGCAACAGCUAUCUAGAGGAUACAAAGAGGUUUGCGCUGCACCCUUGGAGCGCGCCAGGUUUCUAUUGCACGAUGUCCGCGCGGCGAUAUCUCCCGCCGUCUCCGCUUUGGAAUCCCGUCCACCAUCGCGCCGACCGCCUACUGCUAAAAAAAUGUUCCGAAAAGUUAUGAAGAUGUCGAAAUCGCCCACGUUUUAUAAGUGUAUCGACACAACAACAAAGGAAUUAAGGAACAGACAGAACAGUUUUAGCAAGAGUAUGAUGAAGGCAACAGGUAGUUUGUUGCAAGGAGACGCGCUACUCAUUAAGUCUACGAUCGCAAGUCAGUCGAGCAAAACUGUUGAGGAAAUGCCUUCAAUCAUUGAACCAAUUUGUGACGCAACAAAAAAAUUCAAAUCAAAAAUUAAUAUCAAACCUAAAGAAAAGCCACACUACAAAGAUUUGAAGAACGCCAUAAACAGUGAUGAUAUGCGUAACGAAGGAAAGGAUGUUAAGGAGAAUGAAAAAGGCGCCACAUCAGAUAAGGAUAUCGAUGAUAAGACUCCAACGAAUGAAUUGUCAAUAAGCUCUAUUAAUGAUUUUACUGACAAUUCAGUUCUAAAAGAGUCAAUGGAGAGCGAGAAGCAGGUUAAGUCAUUAUCUGAUGAUUUGAAAAACGAGCUUAUUCUGGCAAAUGAGGAAAAGGACGACGAUAGUUCGGAAAGAAAUAAGUUUGUUAAUGCUUGGGUCUCGCGGCUGGCCUGUGAGGAAAAAGACUUAUAUUGGAUGCUAGAAGAUGUAACUUCGGAGCAACGCAGCUUGAUCACUGCCAUAAUUGAUUUCGUAAUGACUGAAGAAACCUGUGAUAUAGAUAUACUUAAGCGAGCUAUGUACUGCCAGGUACAAAGGGCUGAAAUGAGACGAAAUGGAUAUUCGAUUAUAAACAGUAUUAUUAAUUCAUCACAAACAAUGUCGGAUAGUAUUAAAUACGCCGCAUUUUCGGGCGUAAUGGGAGCAAGAUAUGCUGAUUCAGUGCCGCACAUUCAGCUUCAUCCGGUGAUGCCAUUGACAAAGCCACUGCAGGGCAUCGAAUCUGUGAUACCCUAUCUUAAAUAUAUGGUGCUUCUAGAAAAAUCUAAGUUGAUGGAUUUCAUAUUGAUUGAAUUGAAAGCUAGAGUUUUGGAAGGAGAGCAAAUUCAACCGUUGCCGUUGAAAAUGAGUGCGAAUUACGGUGCGCACGCUUUGCUGAAUAGACCUUCGAGAGCCAGAUUUUUAAUCGCACUACUGUCGAUUCUGAGCGAGGGUUGUGACGGUCCUGAGCUAGAGCAGCUUAUCAACGCAGGCGCGCUUAGCUCUUGCUUGACUCUUUUGAAGCAGAUAGGAGGAGACUCGUCACUACAUACCUCGUUCAUCGCGCAUGGAAUGAAAUCCAAAUCUGACUGCCUUAUUAUUUAUGAAGACGAGAGACUUGGUGCUCGUGCUAGAGGCGCAUCCCUGUCUGGACCCGAACUUGCGUCCCUGAUGAAGAUAGGAACGAGAGUCGUACGAGGAAAGGACUGGAAAUGGGGUGAUCAGGAUGGCGUACCCGGUUCGGGCGGUGAAGGCCGCGUCAUCGGCGAGCUGGGUGAAGACGGGUGGGUGCGUGUGGCGUGGGACGCCGGUGGCACAAACUCCUACCGCAUGGGCAAGGAGGGCAAAUACGACCUCAAGCUGGCCCGCUCGCCGUCGCCACCGCCGUCGCUUGACGAGAAGCUCCAGGGAACUCCAGAGGAGAGUACUCAAGAGUGGUGGCCAGUGAGCGAGGUGCGCGCGUCGUGUGCGGGCGCGGUGCGUGCCGUGUGUGCGGGCGCGGGCUCGUGCGGGCCGGCGGCGCGGCGCAACGUGGCGGCGCUGCAGAGGCGCCUGCUGGCUCUCUCGCUCGCACACCGCACGCUGCCGCCCACCGCGCUCGCGGCACGACUGCACACCGCCCUGGCUCUGCUCAGAGCGAGUGCUCAAACGCUUGAAAUGAAGAUGUGUCUUUGUACGGAUUCCUGGUUUGAGCUGUGCUACAGCAUUAUUUCUUCAAAUAACAAACCGAUUACGCUGGAUCUAGUUUACCUACAGGUACAGGCGGUGUGGCUGUUACGCAGUGUGUUACCGGAGCACAGCGGCGGCCUGGAGUGGCGCCGCACGGUGAGCGCGCAGCUGACCGCUCUGGCGGGCCGCGGGUGGCUCGAGACGCACGCCGCAGACCCCGCCCUCGCGUGCCCCGCCCACUCCGCGGCGGACGAAGAAGAACUCGACAACAGAUGGCGCGCGCCCGCCACGGCCAGUUACACGGGCAGCGUGAGCGCGGCGCUAGUGUCGCUCGUGCGGCACCUGCACGCGCAGGCGCACUGGCACGGGCCCGUGUCCGCGCUGCUGCUCGAGAUGUUGCAGCACGCCGCUCAGAUGGUCUCCACGCACUCGAUAUACAGGAUUACCAGCGAAUGGCGUUGGUGGCCGCAUGCGAGUCAGGACUUAAAUCAAACCCUUAAACCUGCGUCGCCGUCUCUGGACACGUGCCUUAUUGCCGGUGCCUUAGGUGUGGUGGGUGGAAUGGAAUGGAGGAUAAGAAUAGGUCAGCGGGUGAGCGUCGGGUCGCCGCCGAGACACGCCGUUGUCACGCAGUUCUCCUCCAGAGCCAAGAUUACUUUGGUACAUGACGACAACACUAUGACGAAGACCGAGUUGACGAAUGUCGAAAAUAUUGAGUGCGAAAAGUUGUCCCACCCACUGGGCGGAGCGAGCACGGGCGUGUGCGGUGAGAGUGCGCUGCGAGUGUGUGCGGCGCUACUGGGGGCCGGGCCCGUGACGUCACCACUACAUGAGCAUCACCUGCCAGCUGAAGUGGAUGUAUACGGAUUAAGAAGACAGCAGAUGGAGCUACUGACGCUGUGUGCGGUACGAGGGUUGUUGACAACACGGACACGAUUGCGGAAAGUACUGAUGCAACCGCCUGACAACGUGGCUCCCCCAGAAAGGAGCAAUACUGGCACAGAAGGGACACUACUACGGCGUCUGCUAGCGCUAGCCAUUCGGCCAAGUCCGCUGGCUGGGUCGCACUCUCCAAAAGAACUCGCCGCCGCCUCCUUAGCUAUAGCGCAGCAGUUGGCUGCACAUAUUUCCAGUGACGAUAAAGAAUACGAAUCUUCUCCCGAAAUGCCUCUCAUAGACAGAAGCAACGUAAUGCAGAUGUCAAUGGGACCCUCUACUAGUACUGCGUCAUUAUCACGGAAAGAUCUCAACACAUGGGCGAACUCUGCCCAAGUACAACAAGUCAUCGAAAUGGGUUUUUCGAGACACGCUGUGUACUCGGCGAUACGAACUUUAGGUGGUACGUGUUUACCAACUGCGGAAGCUCUAGUCGCAUAUCUUCUGGAGUUGCCGCAACAAGGCAUGGAUGAUUCCGUGUUUGAGACAAGGCCACACUCGUCAAAACAGGAGAAGAAGCAGACCACGUACCGCUGGCGCAGUUGCUUCGCUUCCGAAGACGAGUACGCACAGUACCUAUCUGACGUCAUCACGCCGGGGAUGACCGUCCGGUGCUGCAAAGCGUAUGAGAGUAUUGCACUCGGGGAUGUUGGCCAGGUGCAAAAAGUUGAACGUGAUAUCAAGCAAAAUGUAUUUUUACAUGUGGAAUGGCGCGGCUUAGGACGCGUUUCAGGUAUUCGCGCGCUGCACGCAGAGGUCGUGUCUGGUGCGCCGCCAUUUGCGCGCGGGGAUCGAGUACGCGUGCGUGCAGCCGUCACGCAACCUCGCUAUAAGUGGGGGUGUAUCGACCACACUAGCGUGGGGAUUGUUCACGUGCAAACACUAUAUCAAUGUCAGCAGCAUGACCCCAUAGUAAUAUACCGUACGUCAUGAUGCUGUGAAAAUAACUAAAGUACACUAAUCUAGCGGUCGCAACAUUCGUGUACUCUCUAAUCUUACUAACUGCAUAUGCCGCAGAGCUGAGUCUCUCUGC